AUGAAGGUAGAAAUCCUAUCAAGGAAGUUGAUCAAGCCAUCCGUUCCAACUCCACAUCACCUUCACCAAAAGAAGAUAUCCGUGUUUGAUCAGUUGGCUCCUCCAUCAUACACCCCCCUAGUCCUCCAUUACUCUGCCAAUGGCGACAUACGUGAAAACGCCCAAAGAUGUGCCCAGUUGGAGAGAUCAUUAUCGGAGGCCUUAACCACAUUUUACCCAUUGGCUGGGAGAUUUAAUGCUGAUAAUCUCUUGAUUGAGUGUAAUGAUGAAGGGGUGGAAUAUUUGGAAGCCCAAGUGGACUGUAAGCUUGAUGAAUUCCUCAUAGAACCCAAAAUUGAGCUGCUAAAUCAUCUCCUUCCAUCUGAUAUAGAGAUAGAUAAACUUGAUCCUGUCACGAGUCCUUUAUUAGCAAUCCAGAUCAACCGCUUCAAUUACGGCGGAUUGACCAUUGGCCUCUACUUUUCACACAUGAUUAUUGAUGCAUCUGCAGUUGCAUCUUUUAUUACUGCAUGGGCAAGUUCAAGCCAAGCAGAGGUGGCCAAUGAAACCAUUCAUCAACCAAAUUUCGAUUUGGCAAUAACAAAGCUGAAAACUAAUGCUCAAGCACUAGCUCAGAUCCAAACUAGUGGUAUGGAACGCCAACCAACGCGUGUGGAGGUGGUGACAGCAAUGAUAUGGAAGGCCCUUAUAAGUGCAGCUCGAGCAAAACAUGGGCGCUUGAGGGAUUCUUUGCUCGUCCAAAUUGUGAACAUGAGGGGGAAAACAAUCCCACCAUUGCCAGAGAUUUCAUUGGGAAACUUUUUUUUGGCUGCCGUUGCUCGAUCCUCAGCAGACGAGAACAAGAUGGAGUUGCAUGACUUGGUGAGUUUGGUACGAGAUGGAACAAGAGAUGCCAUUGCUAAGUUCGCGAAACUACCUGUCCUGAAUGGUAAUGAGGUUAGGCUGAUGUUGGAAAACCUCCGUACCGAGUGCCUGGGAGGAUUGUACAAUAGCGAGGUUGAUGUGAGAGUUUUUAGCAGCUGGUGCAGGUUUCCACUUUAUGAAGCUGAUUUCGGAUGGGGGAAGCCGGAUUGGGUAAGUCUGACAAGUUGUCCUGCAGAAAUAGUAUUCCUGAUGGACACCAAAUGUGGGGAAGGCAUUGAAGCAUGGGUGAAUUUGAAUGAACAAGACAUGCUCCACUUUCAACAAGACCCGGACAUUGUAGCUUUCUCUUCUCAGUAA